CACUUGGUCUUUGGCCAUUCCAUUCCAAAAGAACAGUAGGAGAUCAUACUUGUAGCUUCCCAGUUGAAGCGAGCGAGUCGUCCUAACGGAGUCUCGGACUGAAAUUAGACGCCACGACAAAUGAAUCUUGAAUUUUCUCGGUUUCUUGCCGCCCGGUAUAGUGAUAUACGUACCACAUUUCCUCAAGAAGGUCGACGGAAAUGGCUCCUACGCGCUUUGGAUGCAUUUUGGGCUGCGAAUCCUCCCAUAUCUAAGCCAAGCGCUGCAACGGCCUCAGAGGACCAAGUGAUAUCCUCGGAGGAUGCAGAUCCCUUAGAUCAAUUGCUUGACGACGUCGACGGAGGCGUCGUCCUCCGAACAGACUUCUCCAACGACGGGGCCUGGGCAGCAUUUCUUUCUCGAUUGAAGGUAGCAGAAGAAGAGUAUGCAGAAGCGAAUAAGCCUGCUGAGCGUGAUGAAGAUACGAAAAUGGAUGGCGACGACGAACAGAGUGAUUCGGAAUCUGAAGCGUCUGGACAACUCAUCAAGGUCAUCGACCCAUCAAGGCCUGAGGAUCGUUCCUUGUUCCAAAAUAUAUCUAAUUUGGGCGCCCUACGUUUGCUGAACGAUGUUGAUAUACGUCCUGCGCCUACGCUGCCCACAGGAACAAAGCGUAUCUCACCGCCAAAUAGGCUGGUGGAUCGAAGUGGAUGGCAGGAGAUAUACUCUGGCCUUAACAUCUGGAUAUACGACUCCCGCUCAAACACAGACCAGUCAUUGAGACUUGUCAGUCAAGAAGGAGAUGUAUAUGGCACCGCGACCGGCGACAGCUGGAGAGCACAGGUUUCACACAUCUAUGAAUUACAAUUCAACAUGACCUUCCUGGACAUGAAAAUAAAUUUCGGAGGUUUAGACCGUUGGGAUCUCACUGAAAGAACAAGAAACAUGGCUGAAGCAGAGACAGUAUAGAGGCAAAAGAUGCUCAUCACUUAUGUUCAGAUCAUG